CUCUAUAUAUACAUCUCACCCUACCCUCACCAAGAUACACACAAAACAUAUAUAUUUCAUUUGAGCCAAUACCAAAUAAACAGAGCCAAACAAAUUCAACACCAAAAUAUGGCUCCUCCUGCUGCUACGCUCACAUCCAUUGCGCAUGAGAAAACCCUACAACAAAAAUUUGUCCGAGACGAAGACGAGCGUCCAAAGGUUGCCUACAACGAAUUCAGCAACGAAAUUCCGAUCAUCUCGCUUGCCGGGAUCGAUGAGGUUGAAGGCCGCCGGGCCGAGAUUUGCAAGAAGAUUGUGGAAGCUUGUGAGGACUGGGGUAUUUUCCAGAUUGUUGAUCAUGGAGUUGAUGCCGAGCUCGUAUCGGAAAUGACCGGUCUCGCUAGAGAGUUCUUUGCUUUGCCAUCGGAGGAGAAGCUCCGCUUCGACAUGUCCGGUGGCAAAAAGGGUGGAUUCAUCGUGUCCAGUCAUUUACAGGGAGAAGCUGUGCAAGAUUGGCGUGAAAUUGUGACCUACUUUUCAUACCCGAUUCGCCACCGGGACUACUCGAGGUGGCCAGACAAGCCGGAGGCAUGGAGGGAGGUGACGAAGAAGUACAGCGAUGAGCUGAUGGGGCUGGCAUGCAAGCUCUUGGGGGUUUUAUCAGAAGCCAUGGGGUUGGAUACAGAGGCAUUGACAAAGGCAUGCGUGGACAUGGACCAAAAAGUGGUGGUGAAUUUCUAUCCGAAGUGCCCUCAGCCCGACCUAACUCUUGGCCUCAAGCGCCACACGGAUCCGGGCACAAUUACCCUUUUGCUUCAAGACCAAGUUGGUGGCCUUCAGGCUACUAGGGAUGAUGGGAAGACAUGGAUCACCGUUCAACCAGUGGAAGGAGCUUUUGUGGUCAAUCUCGGAGAUCAUGGUCAUUUUCUGAGCAAUGGGAGGUUCAAGAAUGCUGAUCACCAAGCAGUGGUGAACUCAAACAGCAGCAGGCUGUCCAUAGCCACAUUCCAGAACCCAGCUCAAGAUGCAAUAGUGUAUCCACUCAGUGUGAGGGAGGGAGAGAAGCCGAUUCUCGAGGCGCCAAUCACCUACACCGAGAUGUACAAGAAGAAGAUGAGCAAGGAUCUUGAGGUUGCCAGGCUGAAAAAGCUGGCCAAGGAACAGCAACUGCAGGACUUGGAGAAAGACAAAGUGGAGAUCAAGCCAGCGAAUGACAUAUUUGCUUAAGACUUCUCCCCAGCCAAAUUAAAAGCUCUUUGUGAAACUAUAGCUGCGUGUAACUUUGCCUUUCCACUUCUUGUACUCGUAAACUUCGCUUUCGUGUGCCAUAAUGUGUUGGUAGGGCAUUUGCCCCCUGGGAUGGUUAUCUGCCAUAAAUUGAUGAUAAAUUAAUAAUCUGUUUAUAUCA